GUGGAGGCGGUGGCCGCCGCAGCGCUGUGGGUUUGGCGGACCGCGCCGCCGGCCGGGCCACGCUUUCUGAGGGGUUAACGCGUGGCCUGGGGCCGCUUCCCCGAGUUACGUAAAGCCGCCCGGCAGAGCUCCGGGGCGGGCCGCCCGCGAGCUGCGGCCGUUGUGCCGAGCGCUGCCCUCGGCGCGGGGCGCGAGCGGAGUCACCGCCUGAGGAACGCGUGAGCGGGGCUGGGUUCUUACUGUGCUGUUGCUCUUGUGGGUGCUCUGUUCCGUUUCGGAGCCCUUACGUCUCGAAGAUACUGUUCUUGAAAGGAAGAGAAAUCAUGGACUAUGCACUGAAUGAACCUUAAACGCUUGGACUGGAAACAGGUUUUUUUUCCAUGAAGGAUGGCAACACCAUACGUUCCUGUUCCUAUUCCUGUUGGAAGUUCAUCAUCCAGCUUUACAAACAGAAACCAAAGACGUUCUUCUUUUGGAAGCAUCUCAACAAGUUCCAGUUCCUCAAAAGGACAGCCAGAGGACUCUACAGUUGGUAGUUUUAAAAAGAUGAGCAUGCCUGACCAGACUGGUUCUACGUCAUCUGCUUGUAGCAGUCCACUUGUUAGGACUAAGUUUACAGGUCUGGAUACAUCAAUAGAGUACUGUACUCAGCCCGUAGAAGAAAUAGAGCAGAAUACAGAUUCCAGGAGCUGGGAAGAUCGGCCAUCCACACCUACUAUACUGGGUUAUGAGGUGAUGGAGGAAAGGGCAAAAUUCACUGUAUACAAAAUACUAGUAAAAAGAAGCCCAGAGGAAAGCUGGGUGGUUUUCAGACGGUACACUGACUUCUCCAGGCUCAAUGACAAGCUAAAAGAUAUGUUUCCAGGCUUUCGGUUGGCCCUUCCACCAAAGCGGUGGUUCAAGGAUAAUUAUAAUCCUGAUUUCUUGGAAGAUAGACAGCUGGGACUACAAGCAUUCCUCCAGAACCUCGUAGCUCACAAAGAUAUUGCAAACUGUAUUGCAGUGAGAGAAUUUCUUUGUCUGGAUGACCCUCCAGGUCCUUUUGACAGUUUAGAAGAGAGCAGGGCUUUCUGCGAAACUCUGGAGGAAACAAAUUACCGUCUCCAAAAAGAACUGCUUGAAAAACAAAGGGAGGUGGAAUCACUGAAGAAAUUACUAAGUGAAAAACAACUUCAUAUAGAUGCUAUUGAAAGAAGAAUUAGGGAUUUAUCUUCAGGAAAAAUGAUUCGCCAGAUGUCAGGAGAAGAAAGUGAGUGCAGUGGUGAGGUGGAGUCUUCUGCAGUAGAAGCAGACCAGGGUACCCUGGGUGAGGACAGCUGCUCCGAUAAAGAGAACCAUCAUGCGGCGUGCUGGAGUGGCUCCUUGCCUGAAAAUUCUGUACCAGAAAUUGAAGUUGCUGAAGUAGCAUAUACUGCUGAUGAAGAAGAAUAGAUCAGUAGCAGCUGCUGUUAUCUAGGAAAAUUUCCUGUGUGGGACGUACUCUGUGGGUAGGGGCGUACAGUAGCUGUAAGGACUUUACAGCCAAGAGCAAGAACGCACAUACUGAAUGUUUACAGAAAUCCUUACAAGUUGUUAACAUAAGAAAUAUACCCAGUGCUGCUUUCAUUUCAGUUUUUAUUUAGCCUUUAUAUAUUUAAUAUAUUUAAAGUCUAAUAAGGGCUAAGAUCAGCUAAAAUUUAGAUAGUACGCGUACACAAUUUGGCUGACUUUCCUAGCAGAGUGAAAACAACUUUAAGUCACAAAACACAUUUAACUUGUUACAUGUGACACGGUUUACUGUGUCACAUUGGUGUGUUGCCACUGAUGUGACACUUGAUGUGUUCAUCAGUUCGGUAUUUGUGUUUUCAUAUUCUUAUAGCCAUAAAUCGAUGAAUGAUGAAGUAAAAACGGACUCAUCUUACAUUUAACAAGAAUGUGGCAUACGUUGUUUUUAAAUUCUGAAGUUGAAGAAUAUUGGUCUGGAAAUUUUAAUGCAAUGCAAUAAGAAAAUGUACAGUACCAAGAGAAAAAAUACUUAUGAAACAACAUUGUGAUGUAACUUUUUUUUAAGUAUAUUUAAAAAAAAAAAAAUGGUCAUUUUUGCUGAAGGAACUAAGAUGAGACCCCCAAAACACUGUGUAUUUUCAUCCCAAGAUGGCAUGCUAUAAUACUUUUAGUUGGAUAAUGCUGCUUUUAAAACCUGGGAUACCUUUGCUACAUUACCCAUGUAACAAUAAAAUCAGCGAGUUUGCCUUUUACUUGGAACACUACCUCUUAUCAUCUUGCUAACGCGUUCAUGUUUGCUUAAGCAAAUUUCAGAUUAUAUGGAGAUAACCGAAAGACUGUAAAGAAGCCAUAUUUUUUUCUGCACAAUUCAUAACUAGAUUGAAUCUAGUUGCAAUGUAUUUUUGUUUCAAUGUAUUGUACAUGUGGGAAUAUUGCUACGUAUGUUCUAUAGCCUAUUUUUCAAAACAUUGAGACAGGAGAUGCACUUUAUAACUAAGACUCCACUGUGCCAAGUUCAGUUGGCUAAUUGGUUGAGAAAGGAGUCACAGGGAGAGGAUUAUGUAGUGCCUUUUUGUAUUUUACUUGUUCAUUACUGCAGAAUUUUGUUACAGUGCUCUGGGUCAGCUUUGUGGAAUAUUUGAUACAGCUUGUUUCUGUUCUUCACUUAUUUACUGAAAGUGCCUUGUUUUAUUCUGCUUUUCCAAUAGGAAGAAUGCUGUUUUGUUUUAAUAUUUUUUUCCCCUAUACCACCCACAUCGUUGUUUAAUGUCGUUAAUAUGCAGUGUCUUUGUGUUGGAGUUUUCAAAGGGAGCUUUGUACUUCAGGCCGUGCAUACAAUGACCUUUAUGCAGAACUGUAUAAGCCUUCCUGGUGGAAUAAAACUAUGCUCAAAACACCUGUCUUCUCUUUUCCAUUGUAGAAAAGAUGUUCAAUGCCUUGCCUGGCAAAAAGAUAGAAAUGCUGCUAGAAAGAAACAAAUGAUUUGCUACAGGUUUUCAGCUUUUGCUCUGUUUGCAUAAAAAUGAAUGAGGAUGUUGUAACAAUGCACCAGAAAACUUGCAGAAUCAUAGAAUCACAGACUCCUUAGAGUUGGAAGGGACAUCUGAGGGCCAGCUAGACCAACUUCACUGCAAUUAACAGGGACAUGCACAGCUAGAUCAGGUUGCCCAGGGCCUGAUUCAGCUUCAUCUUGAAAGUCUCCAGGGACAGGGCAUCCACCACAUCACAGGGCAACCUGUUCCAGUGCCUCACCACCCUCACUGUAAAAGAUUUUUUCCUUAUAUCCAACCUAAAUCUCCCCUCUUUGAGCUAGAAGCCAUUUCCCCUUGUUCUAUGACAACACAUCCUGAUAAAGAGUGUUCCCUUCUUUUCUGUAGCUCCCCUGUAGAUACUGAAAGGCCGCUACCAGGUGACCUCGCAGCCUUCUCUUCUCCAGGCUGAACAGCCCCAGCUCUCUCAGCCUGUCCUCGUAGGAGAGGUGUUCCAUUCCAUGGAUCGUUUUUGUGUUCCUCCUCUGGAUGCACUCCAUCAGGUCCACAUCUCUUCUGCACUGAAGACUCCACACGUGGACGCGGUACUCCAGGUGAGGCCUCAGCAGCACAACUUACGGCACUUUUGAAGAUUAAAAAAGAAAAGGAGCUAAUCUUUUUACUAGUCCACCUGAAUCCUGGGAGAUGUUCGUUGAACAAUAAAGUUAUGUCACCUUCUUGAAA